GGUGGAGAUCACACUAUGAAUUUUUGUUAUCUAUGAUCACGCCAUCUGCAGGCAACUCCACGCCUGGGAAGGAAAUACUCGAGCAGCCCACUCACUCGAGCAGCACACCACUGGACAGCACACAGAGGACAUAACACGUACUCUAUCUGCAGUCGAGAGACAAGUGCUACAUCCAGUUGUGGACUUCUUUCUCACACAUCUCACUCUGGAGUUGGAAUAAACCGGACAGAAUCCAGAAACUUGGGUCAACACUUUCAUAUCCAUCCCUCUACAGUCAGUAGGAUCAGGCCAGGGGACAAACACACUGAGAAAACUCCGGUCCAACAGGUCCUUCCCUACACUGGAUUAAUUUGUGUUGUUGUUGACCUCAACGCUGAAAUGGAGGAUAAUUGGAUGCAAGUUAUCUGUCUUCUGACACUUCUCUCUGUCUGCAGAGCGCACGAUGAAGUUCAGGUUGUUGGUCAGGCUGAACCAGUUGUUGCCAACGUAGGUGAUGAUGUCAUCCUCCCUUGUACUCUGAGAACCUCCAGCAGCACCGUCAACGCUGUUGAGGAAUCAGUGGAGUGGCAGAGACUUGACCUCCAACCAAAAGAGGUGCAUUUCUUCCGUACCCGUGACGACUACAAUGAUGACCAGAAUCCAUCCUACAGAGGAAGGACGGCACUUUUCAAAGGAGAAAUGAAGAACGGGAACGUCUCAUUAAAACUGACCAGAGUGAAACUGUCGGAUGCUGGAAACUACACCUGCUUCGUUCCAACACUGAAGAGCCCUUUUCAAAAAGCCAUGGUUCAACUCAUUGUUGGUGGAGUAUCUCGGCCAGACGUCUCUAUAGUUGGCAUUGAUGCCAUUGGAGUGGUCCUGGAUUGUGAGGCCAGAGGGUUGAUCUACAGACCUGAGAUGACCUGGCGGGACAGUGAUGGAAACAUCCUCCCUGCUGAUGGACCUACAGAGAUCGAGACCGACUCAGCGGGUCGAUACACUGUGAGAGGACAUGUCACCGUCCAGAGGACUGACAACAACACGUUCACCUGUAGAGUUCUACAGCAGCAGAUCAACCACACGAUGAAGACAGAGAUUCAUGUUAAAGAUCGAAUGUUUCCUGACACAUCCCAGUCCUGGUGGAAUGGCUGGUGGUGGGGCUGGGGGUUUGGUGGUCUGACCUGGGGUUUUAUCUUCGGUCUGAUUGUUGUAGUUCGCUACAUCCUGAAGAGAAAAUGUUUACUGACAUGGGUCUGUCAAAGAGGAUUAAACGAGAACCCUCAGACAAAUGGGACGUCAGAGCGGAAUGAAAAUCCACAGGAGAAUCAGAAUUCACUGUUGAAUGGGAAUGAAAGGUCCAACGGCACCAUGCCACAUGCUGAUGACUGUGUUGUCUGGGACACGGAUUCCAGCAGCUCUUCAGAUAUCGAGGCGUAG